AUGGAACUCGAGGCUGAGAUACCGGUGUUCCUGGAGUAUCUCUCCAAUUACUGGCGAGACUCUGUCCAGCUGCUCUCGCUCGGUGUGACGCAUAUCUCACAACUGUUCGUUCCCAUGGCAUUUGAACAUGUGGUUAACCGUACAAAUGAUCACCGACUCGACAGAUCGAUUAAGGGCGUGGGACGUGUGAGAGACAUGCUGCACACGAAACUGCGCGGUUGGGUACUCGACAUGCAAUCCGUCAGCGAGCUGAUAGCGCAUGGCAAGGUGGAAGAAGCCAAGAACUGGCCUGGAAAGUAUAUACACAGGCAGCCGCUGUUGAAUGACGGCCUGCUGUCCUACCACGAGCACUACCUCUCCUUCCGUGGCGACUUCAGUGCGCAGUGUGAGGAGCUGCAGCCAGAGGCAUACCAGGUGUUCGGUCUGGCCGACGCACUCUACUCCUUCUAUCACAGCUACUGGUUCAACAGACUGCGGUACUUCACUUCAAAGUUGACAGUUGUUACCGACAUUAACGGUGGGGAGUGGCAGCUGGAGGACAAAAGCAACGCUACGCUGUCCGUGGACACUGACUGCGUGCAGCUGUUGGCGAACGCCCUGGACCACCCCACGUGUCCGCUGGAAGAACUGCCGGUGGAAGCCUUUAAGCAGCACGAGCAGUGCCGCGUGCAGCUGUGGGAUGACAUGGUGCAGAGGUCGCCCCACAUACCCGUCACCAGCUACCUGGCCUACACGCAGAGGGUGGACGUCAACCUCUGCCUGCUGGCCUGGAUGGCGGUCAACUCCCUCGGCACUUCCCGGCUGUGGGCGUCACAGCAACACAGGGCGAGGGAGGCCAGCGGGGGACACGGGCCGAGUCCACACAGUAGGGGGCCCGGCCUACGGCCCGACCCAAAAUCACUGAGGUAG